UUGGAGAUGAGGGACACGGCCGUUCUCGUGCUGGUGCUCGCAGCGUUUCUGGUGCUUUGCAGCGGAGCUCCUGCGACGUCCACAACAGAUCAGGAAACAGCUGAGGAAUAUCUGAAGCAGUUCUACUCAGACCCCAGCGCUCCGUCCAUCAGUGGGAGACGAGUGAAAGUGCAGGACUUUGAGUCUGUCCUGAAGAAAAUGCAGGAGUUUUUUGGGCUUCAGGUGACGGGCAAGUUAGACACCAACACCAUCGAGGUGAUGAAGAAGCCACGCUGCGGCAUUACCGACGUUUCUAAUUACGGACAUUUCAACGGCAAGCCCAAGUGGGAUAAGCAGACCAUCACAUACAGAAUAACCGAGUACACGACAGAUCUGAGCCAGGGGGAAGUGGAUGCCACGAUCGCUCAGGCGUUCAAGCUGUACAGCGACGUCACUCCUCUCAGCUUUAAGCAGAUAUACAGCGACACGGCCGACAUCAUGAUUCUCUUUAAAGCCAGAAAUCAUGGAGAUUUUCACCCGUUCGAUGGGCCGGGUAACGUUCUGGCUCACGCCAUGUCUCCUGGUCCUAAUGAAGGAGGUGAUGCUCACUUCGAUGAAGAUGAGAAAUGGACUCUGAGCUCAGCAGGUGUCAACCUUCUCCUGGUGGCCGCCCAUGAGUUCGGCCACGCGCUAGGACUGGAUCACUCACGAGAUUCCUCUGCUCUCAUGUACCCUACAUACAAAUACGUCAACACUCAGGGGUAUCAGCUGCCUCCGGACGAUAAACAAGGAAUCCAGGCACUCUAUGGUGCUCGUCGAACGCCAAAUCCUCAACCACACCCCAAACCACAGCCUCAACCAAAUCCACAACCGGGAACAAAACCACCAGCACGGUGCAAUAGGGAUUUAGUGUUUGACGCAGCAACCAGCAUAAGAGGAGAACUUUACUUCUUCAAGAAUGACUAUUAUUGGAAGAAAAGCAGCCUGGUGAAAGAUAUUCCCCAGACUUUAAUCAGAUCUACGUGGCCCUCUAUCUCUUCUGUGGAUGCCGCUUAUGAGCUCAAAGGAAAAGGCGUCAGUUACUUUUUAAAAGGUCGCAACUACUGGGCCGUGACAGCAACCUCCGUUUUACCCGGAUAUCCCAAGCACGUGUCGCAUUUCGGCUUUCCGGCCUCAGUCACAAAGAUCGACGCUGCGGUGCACGUGGACUCCACGAGACGCACUCUGUUCUUUACCGGGGAUAAAUAUUGGAGCUUUAAUGAGAACACCGGAAAGAUGGACAUCGGUUUCCCCAAACCAAUUCACGUUGAUUUCCCGGGUAUCGGCUCCAAAGUGGACGCCGCAUUUGAAAACUACGGUUUCCUGUAUUUCUCUGAUGGAGCCAGACAAACAGAAUAUAAAUACAGCAGCAGAAGCGUGAAUCGUCUGCUCCUGAAUUACGGAUGGCUGAACUGGGAAGAUUGGGAAAUGAUUUAUCUUGUCCAGAGUUCAGCCCUGCUUUUGGGAGAGUGGUUGUCUCUAAAUCAUCUGUCCAGGACGGCAGAAGAGGAGAGCCUGGAGAUGAGGGACAUGGCAGUUCUCGUGCUGACACUAGCAGCAUGUCUGACGCUUUGCGUUGGUGCUCCUGUAAUAUCCACAGAGGAUCAGGAGAAAGCUGAGGAAUAUCUGAAGCAGUUCUACUCAUAUUCCAGCACUUCAUUAACCCAGAAUUGGUCAUGUGAACAUGCGGACUUUGAAACUAACCUGAAGAAAAUGCAGGAGUUUUUUGGGCUUCAAAUGACGGGCAAGCUAGACGCCAAAACCAUCGAGGUGAUGAAGAAGCCACGCUGCGGCAUUUCUGACGUUUCUAAUUACGGACAUUUCUACGGCAAGCCCAAGUGGGAUAAGCAGACCAUCACAUACAGAAUAACCGAGUACACGACAGAUCUGAGCCAGGGGGAAGUGGAUGCCACGAUCGCUCAGGCGUUCAAGCUGUACAGCGACGUCACUCCUCUCAGCUUUAAGCAGGUCCACAGCGACACGGCCGACAUCACGAUUCUCUUCAAAGCCAGAAAUCAUGGAGAUUUUCACCCGUUCGAUGGGCCGGGUAACGUUCUGGCUCACGCCAUGUCUCCUGGUCCUAAUGAAGGAGGUGAUGCUCACUUCGAUGAAGAUGAGAAAUGGACUCUGAGCUCAGCAGGUGUCAACCUUCUCCUGGUGGCCGCCCAUGAGUUCGGCCACGCGCUAGGACUGGAUCACUCACGAGAUUCCUCCGCUCUCAUGUACCCUACAUACAAAUACGUCAACACUCAGGGGUAUCAGCUGCCUCCAGACGAUAAACAAGGAAUCCAGGCACUCUAUGGUGCACAUAACAGUAUAGGUCGUGGUGUGUGUGAGUGCACGUGUCCACAACUGACUUCACAACCACACCCGUCUCCACCAGAGCCGUGCGACCAGGACUUAGUGUUUGAUGCUGCAAUCAGCAUAACAAAUGAGCUUUACUUCUUCAAGAAUAACUACUACUGGAAGAAAAGCACCCUGCUGAAAGAUAUUCCUCAGACUCUAAUCAGUUCUACGUGACCCUCCAUCACGUCUGUGGAUGCAGCUUAUGAGCUCAAAGGAAAAAGCAUCAGUUACUUUUUCAAAGGUCAGAACUACUGGGGCGUGACAGCAACCUCCGUUUUACCCGGAUAUCCCAAGCACAUUUCACAUUUCGGCUUUCCGGCGUCAGUCACGAAGAUCGACGCUGCGGUGCACGUGGACUCCACGAGACGCACUCUGUUCUUUACCGGGGAUAAAUAUUGGAGCUUUGAUGAACUCACUGUAAAAAUGGACGCUGGUUUCCCAAAAUUUAUUAAUGCAGAUUUUCCUGGUAUCGGCAACAAAGUGGAUGCUGCUUUUCAAAACGGGGAUUUCCUGUAUUUCUCUGAUGGAGCCAAACAAACAGAAUAUAAAUACAUCAGCAGAAGCGUGAAUCGAGUGAUUCCGAAUUACAGAUGGCUGAACUGCUACUAAACAACCUGCCACAAUAUAAAUAAUUAUUCAAAAUGCACAGUAGGUUUAUACUAAGUUACAGAAUACACCAUAGGGUUUAUAGAGCAGUAAGAUGCAGUAGCAGACGUUAGGAGACGGCUUUAGUGGAAAGGGGCGGGGCCAAGCGGCUGUGUCCCUGCGUGGGUGGGGCUUCAAAACAUAAAUACUGAAAUUAAAGCAAUUUUUUUUUACAAAACUAUUUUUUCUGU